AUGUUCGAAGCCUACUCUGCGAACGAGGUCGCCAUGAAGUUACCUCUUGAGGUCACAUCUAUCGCAUGUCAGAGUCGUCGCGGUUUCGAUCUGGAUAACCUAUGUAAGCAAUUUGAGAGGAAAGCAGUUCUGGAUCUCACUGUAUGUGAGGAGGUAGAAGUUCUCCUUUGUGUAUCCGAUGGUCAAAUGGCUGCUCACUGUCUAAAGAGUCGUCACUAUCCCGUCAUUGCAAUACUUCAUAAGGUCAAACCUAUUCAUUGUUUCGCAACAUGGAUGCAUGAGUCAUGGUGUGGCGAAUGUCGUCGAUUAUUUGAGUUCAGUGAUAAUCCGGCUAUACUAGAGAUGACCGACCGUAACCUUCUCGGUUUUGCUCACGGAGAUACUCUGGUGUUGACAAAUUUCCAAGGACAGAAGACACCACUGGCGGAUUUACGGUUUAGUGACGUUCCUUUGGAUCUGGUGUACGACUCUCCAUAUGUAGUGGCGCUGUUACCAAGAGGACAAGUCGAAAUACGGUCGGUGAACCCACCAUAUCUCAUCCAGAGCAUGGUACUGAGCAAAGCGUCGUUACUAAGCUCAGGAAAUCCAGGAUAUGUAUUCGUUGGUAGUCCUUUCGAUGUCUGGUUGUUGGACGCGCAUAGUAAUAUUCGUAAAAAUGUUUCGCUCCUCGUCGCUGAGAAGCAGUUUGAUUUGGCCAUACAAAUUGUGGAGUUGUCGAAUGUGUUCAGUGAUGAGAACAAGACUGAAAUAAAAAGGCAGGCUGCUCUUAAUCUUUUCCACCGGAAGAAGUUUGAGGAAUCAUUUCAGUUACACGCUGAGAUAAAGACCGAUGUUAUCACAAUCAUACAAAUGUUUCCGGAGUUCUUGCCCGAAAAGCUUCAGAAGAAAGCUGCUGCAUUCGAUCUUCCAGCAAAUGACAAGAAAAGGGCGUUGCUUGCGUUGGGAAAUUACCUUUCUGCGGUUCGGUCGGAUUUGUCAAAACAGUUGGAGCUUCACCAUCGUGAGAAAGUCCACAACCAGCCAACAUCAAAUGCAGACCAUUUAAAAAAUCUUCACAUUUCCUUGCAAGUAGUUGACACUGCUCUUCUAAAAUGCUAUUUACAGACAAGACCUUCCCUUGUUGAUUCAUUGCUUCGUUUACAUAAUAACUCUUGCUUCUUCGAGGAUGCCGAAUCUAUUUUAUUGGCAGAAAAUCGGCUACCUUCCCUAUUCAUACUAUACGAAUCAAGGAAGAAGCAUGAAAUGGCCCUCGAGCUUCUUAAGACGCAAGCUCAGGACCACGAGUCAGACCCAUUCUUCCAUGGAUUCAACCAAACUGUCACUUAUCUUCAGACACUGGGGAACACACACUUAGAGCUGAUAUUCAAAUAUGCCCGUUGGGUGCUUGAUAAAGACAUUGAUAGCGGUCUUGAGAUUUUCAUUGGAGAGGAGUCUGACCUGGCACGAAAUCUUGAUCGGCAAGCUGUUUUUGCAUUUCUUCGAUCAAAUUAUGUCGCAGCUGUCAUACCAUAUCUAGAGCAUCUAGUCUACAUAUGGGAGGAAACACGCCCGUUAUUCCACGAUGCACUUGCUGAAUAUUAUAUAAUAAGAGUGAAACUGUUAUUUCAAGACUACGUACACACCUUUCCAGAUGAUGAGAACAUCAUUCGAGUGGGAGACGAGGAUGGUGAGCUAGGAAGGAUGCGACGUCGCUUAAUAAAAUUUCUCCAAUGCUCACUAUACUACAGUCCACAAGCCGUACUCCUUCAACUUAAUAAUUGUGUAUUUUACGAGGAGAGGGCACUUCUGCUCGGCCGACUGAAACACCAUGAGCAGGCCCUAGCAAUCUACACAUCCAUUUUGAAUGACUUUGAAUCAGCAGAAGAAUACUGUCGCAUUUACUAUGACCGAAAUGAUGAAAUCAAUUCCCAGGUGUACCUUUAUCUCUUUCGCGCCUUUGUCAAGCCGUCAGAUCCUGUGAUUGCCGGUAUACUUGAAAAAGAUCUUCCUACACCUGAACCGGAUAUCCUCAGUGCCAUUCGGGUAUUGAAUAGACACGCAGAUAAAAUUGAUACCGGUAAGCUGACCAACUUGAACCUUAAAAAUAUACAAAACAUGCGGGCGUUAAAUACAAACUCUUAUGCUCUUCAAUUGAUACCUACGGAUUCAUUGUUGUCUACAUUGUCCAAAGCACUGCACACUGUUCUACAAACAACUCAGGAUAAUGCGAGCGCAUUUGCUCUCCAGCGGUCCAUUAGUGCGUGUGGUAUUGCAUCCCAUAAGGAGAGACUUCGUCAUGUCUUGAGCCAACGAAUAGUGGUUGGAAAUGCAAGUGAAUGCUGCAAAUGUGGCAAGCGUAUUGGCAACAGCGCUUUUGUUCGGUAUCCUACCGACGGCUGUUUGGCACACUUUGGUUGCCACAAGGAUACAUCGGAAAAAAUUCUGUCAUAG